AUGGGCUCCUCCUUGCCCGGCCCCAAGCAUCGCCUCCCCUCCAGGAGCUCGCAGCUCACCUUCCCAGCGGCCUCUGCAAGGACCUCUCUGGUCCGUGUGCUUGUGGUUUCCAGGGAGGAGGGUGGCAAGGACAAGUCCAUUUCUGCAGGACUCCAGGGACAAGCUGGCCUACACAGGAAGCUGGAGGAGCGGGGAGGUGCUGAGUGGGGUGGAGUAGAGGAGGGGAAGUGGAGGGAGGAGGAGCUGGGCAGAGCAUGCAAACGCAAAGAGCAAGAACCAAACAAAGACAGGAACAAUUCCCAGAAGAAAUCCCGCCUGGUGUUCACCGACCUCCAACGCCGAACACUCUUUGCCAUCUUCAAGGAGAACAAACGGCCGUCCAAAGAGAUGCAGAUCACCAUUUCCCAGCAGCUGGGCCUGGAGCUUACGACCGUCAGCAACUUCUUCAUGAAUGCCCGGCGCCGCAGCCUAGAGAAGUGGCAGGACGAUCUGAGCACAGCGGGCUCCUCGUCCACCUCCAGCACUUGUACCAAAGCGUGAUGGAAGGACUCUCGGUUGGGCACAGGUCACCUCCAGAUGAGGACAACCGACACAAAAGAAAACACAAAGGAAAAAGACACCGGAUUCUUAGCUGGGGCCCUUCACUGGUGAUUUGAAAGCACAAUUCUCUUGAAAAGAAACUUCUAUUCUAGCUGUAAUCAUAGGCCAGGUGUUCUUGUUUUGUUUUUUUUAAUGGCUAUGGAGUCCAAGUGCAAGCUGAAAAUUAAUCUUUUUGAACCAGACCUCGUCCUCUGAGCAUGCUAAGCAUCCCAGAAAUCCAAAUGGGGGGCCUUCCUGGAGCGAGUUGAUUUCAGUGUGGUGUCAGCCAAGCUUGGGAUCCCUUCAGAUGUCAACAGUCCCACUUUGGGCCCUGUUGCAGUCAGAGUUCCCACAUGUCAUGGUGGGAAUUUGUCUGUGUAAGGAUUCUGAGUUUGGGCUCCCAAGAUGCUACCAUGAGAGAUUCUUCUAGCAACAAGAAUGACCUCAUCCAAGUGCUUAGCCUCAUCAUACCACACAGUACACCAAAGCUCACAGCCAUAACAUAAAAACAUCAGAAUGAUAAUUACUGAGCACAACUUUUAAAUACGGAAAUUAAAAAAAAUCUGAGGACCUGUUUUUCCAACUCAGGCAUCGUUUCAUUGAAUGGUUUAGAAAGCUUUAAGUUGAUCCAGUUUACAGUUUUCUUUUCCUUACCUCCUGGAAAUCUCACGUGGUCUUGGAUCCAUCAAAAAAAAAAAAUCAGUUCUCUUGAGCUCAAUGUAUCAAGCACAACGUAGAUAAACAGAGAAGUAAGGAAGGUUCUGGAUUCACCACAUCUGGAUUUUCAAGACACUGAUUGUGAAGUCAUUAGGGAAUCAUUGGGAAUAUGGCUUCAAGCACAUUUUGCAGUUUGCUACAAAUUCUGUUUGUACAUAAUGCAGACGCACACUCAGGAGGCCAAUUUAACUGUUACGGUACAUGGAGCAAAUGCAGCAUUUUAAAAGAUCUAGAUUUUUUUUUAGAUCAUUGAUGUGUCCUUCUCGGUUAUUAGUCGCCUGGUUCCUCCUAUUGUGCAUUGUAACUACCACAUGAUUCAUUCUCACUCUUUUGAAUUUCAGUUGUUUCUUCAUCCAUCCCAUCGGUAGGGACGUUUUUCAGUGUUUUCUAGCAAGAAAAAGAAAAAAGAAGUAAUUCAAACCGCCAUACGUGUUCCUCAUGAGGGUCAUCUAGUCCCAAAUCUCUUCCAUUGUCGAAUCAUCCUUGCAAAACAGCUGAGUAAAUCUGGAGAAAACACAGCACACCAAAGAAGCAGAAUACUGCAAACCAAAGACAUUUAUUACUUGCCAUUUUCUAGCCUAAAAAUACUGUGAUUACUUUUAGAAAUCAGAAAACCUCUGCAACUCCGAAUGGCAUUCAGCUCUUGCAUUUGGCUCACCAUCGGGCUGAGCGGUCCGGCUAGCCGAGCCACCCAGGGAGUGGCUUUGCCACGCCAGCUCUGGGUCCUGGCUGUCACCUUCCCACAGCAUGCGGAAGAGCGCCCACAGAACUCUGGGAGGUUGCGAAGGUCACGAUGUGCAUAUUUACCAGUGAAUGGCCCCAGGUGGGCCCCAUGGGGGUGUUCCAAGCAAGCCAAACGCUGCAAUGAUUCUUUACAGACACUUGAGACUGACUUUUUUAUGAAUUACUUAAUCGAAACCAAAGAAACUUUUUCUGCACCUACUUCUGCAACAAACAAAACUGUUCCAUUAAAAUGAAUAAAUAAAUAAAUACGUAAAUCAGUGAAAAUCACCACCAACAAGAAGGAAGCACGCCAGAAAAAAAA